AUGCAGGAGCAGCGACAGCGGCCGCCACGGCAGCAGCAGCAGCAGCAGUCCGACAACAGCAGAACCAAGAGCAUGUUUCUGUCCAGGGCGCUGGAGAAAAUCCUGGCGGAUAAGGAGGUGAAGAGGAGCCAGCACAGCCAGCUGCGCAAAGCCUGCCAGGUGGCGCUCGAUGAAAUCAAGGAAGAACUGGAAAAACAAAAGGAUGGCACAGUGGUCCCACCCAAAGCCAACUACAUCGAAGCCGACAAAUACGUGCUGCCCUUCGAGUUGGCGUGCCAGUCCAAGUCCCCCCGGAUAGUCAGCACCUCCUUGGACUGUCUGCAGAAACUGAUUGCGUACGGUCACAUCACCGGCAACGCCCCAGAUGGCAAAACGCCGGGCAAGAGGCUCAUCGACCGGCUGGUGGAAACCAUCUGCAACUGCUUCCAGGGCCCACAAACCGACGAGGGAGUCCAGCUCCAGAUCAUCAAGGCCCUGCUGACAGCGGUGACCUCCCCCCACAUAGAGAUCCACGAGGGCACGGUGCUCCUCACCGUGCGGACCUGCUACAACAUCUACCUGGCCAGCCGCAACCUCAUCAACCAGACCACAGCCAAGGCCACCCUCACGCAGAUGCUCAACGUCAUCUUCACGCGCAUGGAGAACCAGGCCGCCCUGGAGGCUCAGGAGCAGGAGAAGGAGCACCUACGUCUGCCCCAUCAGAACCCGUCCCCGGUUCCAGGUAGCAGGAGGUCCGGCUCACCCCGCUCUGACAGAACCCCCACCCCUGAGCCUCAGGGCUCCCCGUCCCCAGGAGUCAGUACUCCGGACCUCAGCACCGACACCGCCCGCUCCACUCCCCCGCCGCCGGCAGCAGACCUGGACCAGGACACGCCCUCCGUCAACGGAGAAGCUGAUGAUGGAGGCUCAGGACAGGUCACGCCUUCAAGAGAUUCAGUGUUUGAAGAUGAAGGGGCUGAGAAGCAUCCCAUGGCAGCUGAAGAAGGGAACAACCCAAACCCAGCAGAGCCUGUGGUGACGGGAGUGCCAGAGGAGACCCACCGUGGGACAGGUGACGAGGCCCCAGCUCACCUUUCCACCGAGCAGACGGAGGUAGCUCCCCCCAGAGGCAGGACAGAGGCUCAGCAGAUGAACGGGAUCAUCGAGGACCGCUCCUCUGUGUCCUCUGCCGAUAUUCUGGAUGCUGAAGCUCUGCAGGGACCCAACAACGCAGCUCGCUUCUCUCACAUCUUGCAGAAAGAUGCUUUUCUGGUGUUCCGCUCUUUGUGCAAACUUUCCAUGAAACCACUUGCAGAUGGACCUCCUGACCCCAAGUCCCAUGAGCUGCGCUCUAAGAUCGUCUCCCUGCAGCUGCUGCUCUCUGUGCUGCAGGGGGCCGGCCCCGUCUUCCGCACCCACGAGAUGUUCGUCAACGCCAUUAAACAGUAUCUGUGCGUAGCCCUGUCCAAAAACGGCGUGUCCUCCGUGCCUGAGGUGUUCGAGCUCUCACUAGCCAUCUUCUUAACUCUGCUGUCCCACUUCAAGGUCCACCUAAAGAUGCAGAUCGAGGUGUUUUUCCGGGAGAUCUUUCUGACCAUCCUGGAGACAUCAACCAGCUCCUUCGAGCACAAGUGGAUGGUUAUCCAGACCCUGACGCGCAUCUGUGCCGAUGCUCAAUGCGUGGUUGACAUCUAUGUGAACUAUGACUGUGAUUUAAAUGCUGCCAAUAUAUUCGAGCGUCUGGUCAACGACCUGUCCAAGAUCGCUCAGGGCAGGAGCGGUCAGGAACUCGGCAUGACUCCUCUGCAGGAGCUGAGCUUGCGUAAGAAGGGUUUGGAGUGCCUCGUGUCCAUUCUCAAAUGUAUGGUGGAGUGGAGCAAGGAUAUGUACGUGAAUCCCAACCUUCAGGCUAACCUGGGUCAGGAGCAUCCGCCCGACUCUGAGGGAGGAGAGCUGAAGCUCCCCGAGGCGACGACGGGGCGUCGAGACAGCGUCAGCUCGCUGGACUCCAACUACUCCAGCGUGGCCAUGUCUCAGGCCGAUCACCCAGAGCAGUAUGAGGUGAUCAAGCAGCAGAAGGACAUCAUCGAGCACGGCAUCGAACUGUUCAACAAGAAGCCCAAGCGUGGCAUCCAGUACCUGCAGGACCAGAGCAUGCUUGGUUCCACAGCAGAGGAUAUUGCCCAGUUUCUGCACCAGGAGGACCGGCUGGACACAACGCAGGUGGGCGAGUUCCUCGGUGAGAACACCAAGUUCAACAAAGAGGUGAUGUACUGCUAUGUGGACCAGCUGGACUUCUGCGAGCGGGACUUUGUUUCUGCUCUGAGGAUGUUCUUGGAGGGCUUCAGGCUGCCAGGCGAGGCCCAGAAGAUCGACCGGCUCAUGGAGAAGUUUGCAGCGCGCUACCUUGAAUGUAACCAAGGACAAAUCCUGUUUGCCAGUGCAGACACUGCAUAUGUGCUGGCAUAUUCCAUCAUCAUGCUAACCACAGACCUGCACAGUCCUCAGGUGAAGAACAAAAUGACAAAGGAGCAGUACAUCAAGAUGAACCGGGGCAUUAACGACAGCAAGGACCUUCCUGAGGAAUACCUCUCCUCUAUAUACGAUGAGAUCGCUGGCAAGAAGAUUGCCAUGAAGGAGAGCAAAGAGUAUUCAAUCACGCCCAAGUCGACCAAGCAGAGCGUGGCCAGCGAGAAGCAGCGCCGCCUGCUCUACAACGUGGAGAUGGAGCAGAUGGCGAAGACCGCCAAAGCUCUGAUGGAGGCCGUCAGCCACGCUCAGGCACCGUUCUUCAGCGCCAAACACCUGGAGCACGUCAGACCCAUGUUCAAGCUCGCAUGGACCCCCCUGCUGGCAGCCUUCAGCGUCGGCCUGCAGGACUGCGACGACCCAGAGGUGGCCUCCCUGUGUCUGGAGGGCAUCCGGUGCGCGGUCAGGAUCGCCUGCAUCUUCAGCAUGCAGCUGGAGAGGGACGCCUACGUUCAAGCCUUGGCCAGAUUUACGCUGCUGACGGCCAGCUCCAGCAUCACCGAGAUGAAGCAGAAGAACAUCGACACCAUAAAGACGCUGAUCACCGUGGCUCACACCGAUGGAAACUACCUGGGCAACUCAUGGCACGAGAUCCUGAGGUGCAUCAGUCAGCUGGAGCUGGCCCAGCUGAUUGGCACUGGGGUGAAGACGCGCUACAUCUCAGGAGUGGUCCGAGAGCGAGAGGGAAGCAUCAGGGGGUUACCUCCUGGCACCGAGGAGUUCAUGCCGCUGGGACUGGGAAACCUGGUUGGAAACCAGGACAAGAGACAGAUGGCGCACAUCCAGGAGUCGGUGGGGGAGACCAGCUCUCAGAGUGUGGUGGUGGCUGUGGACAGGAUUUUCACCGGCUCCACCAGACUAGAUGGAAAUGCGAUCGUGGACUUUGUGCGCUGGCUGUGUGCGGUGUCCAUGGAUGAGCUGGCCUCGGCCCAUCAGCCCAGAAUGUUCAGUCUGCAGAAGAUUGUGGAGAUCUCCUACUACAACAUGAACCGCAUCAGGCUGCAGUGGUCUCGAAUUUGGCAGGUUAUAGGAGAUCACUUCAACAAGGUGGGGUGUAACCCCAAUGAAGACGUUGCCAUCUUUGCCGUGGAUUCACUGAGGCAGCUCUCCAUGAAGUUCUUGGAGAAAGGAGAACUGGCUAACUUUCGCUUCCAGAAGGACUUCCUCAGGCCGUUUGAGCACAUCAUGAAGAAGAACAGGUCUCCCACCAUCAGGGACAUGGUGAUCAGGUGUGUGGCUCAGAUGGUGAACUCCCAGGCGGCCAACAUCCGCUCCGGUUGGAAGAACAUCUUCUCCGUGUUUCACCAGGCCGCCUCCGAUCGUGACGAGACCAUAGUGGAGUUGGCUUUCCAGACGACAGGGCACAUCGUCAUGAACACCUUCCAGGAUCACUUUGCAGCUGCCAUCGAUUCCUUUCAGGAUGCUGUGAAGUGCUUGUCAGAGUUUGUGUGCAACGCAGCUUUCCCCGACACCAGCAUGGAGGCCAUCCGACUCAUCCGGCACUGCGCCAAAUACGUGUCUGAGCGACCACAGGCGCUGAGGGAGUAUACCAGCGACGACAUGAACGUUGCACCCGGAGAUCGGGUUUGGGUUCGGGGCUGGUUUCCUAUCCUGUUCGAGCUGUCCUGCAUCAUCAAUCGCUGCAAGCUGGAUGUCCGCACCAGAGGUCUCACUGUUAUGUUCGAGAUCAUGAAAAGUUACGGUCACACCUUUGAGAAGCACUGGUGGCACGACCUCUUCAGAAUCGUCUUCCGCAUCUUUGACAAUAUGAAGCUCCCCGAACAGCAGACCGAGAAAAUGGAGUGGAUGACGACGACGUGUAACCACGCUCUGUAUGCCGUCUGCGACGUCUUCACCCAGUUUUAUGAGCCUCUCAGUGAAAUCCUGCUGCAGGACAUUUUCACACAGCUGCAGUGGUGUGUCCGGCAAGAUAAUGAACAACUGGCUCGGUCGGGCACCAACUGUCUGGAGAACCUGGUGAUUCUGAACGGCGAGAAGUUCAGCCCCGAGGUCUGGAAUGUCACCUGUUCCUGCAUGCUGGAGAUCUUCCAGAACACCAGCCCUCACGCCCUGCUGACCUGGCGGCCGGCCGGACAGGACGAGGACGCUGCUGAGGCGAAGCACUUCGAUGCUGACUUCGACAGCCAGUCCCAGAGCAGCUACGACAGAGCUCCGUCUGAGAGGGGACACAGCCAGAUGUCGAGCGACGACACCUGGAAGGGCAAGUCCAACGCCAGAGUCUCAGACCAGAGGCUGUUUGCAGGGCUGCUGAUUAAAUGUGUUGUGCAGCUUGAACUCAUCCAGACCGUCGACAACAUCGUCUUCUACCCAGCAACCAGUAAGAAGGAGGACGCUGACAACAUGGCGGCUGCACAGCGAGACGGUCUGGAGCAGUCGGAGGCUGAAGGAGAGGAGUCCGCUCCAGAUCAGGGCAUGUACCGACACAUGACAUCCGCUCACCUCUUCAAGCUGCUGGACUGUCUGCUGGAGUCGCACAACUUCGCCAGGGAGUUCAACUCCAACAACGAACAGAGGACGGCUCUGUGGAGGGCAGGCUUUAAGGGAAAAUCCAAGCCCAACUUGUUGAAGCAGGAAACCAGCAGCCUUGCCUGCAGCCUGAGGAUCCUGUUCAGGAUGUACUCCGACCCCAAGCUGCAGGACUCGUGGCCGGACAUUCAAACACGCCUGCUGCUGGUGUGUACCGAAGCGCUCGGCUACUUCAUCAGUCUGACGUCAGAGAGCCACAGAGAGGCUUGGAACAGCCUGCUGAUGCUGCUGCUCACCAGGACACUACGGCUGCCCGAUGACAAGUUUAAACCCCAUGCUUCCUGUUACUACCCCCACCUGUGUGAAAUGAUGCAGUUUGAUCUGAUCCCGGAGCUGCGGGCCGUCCUCAGGCGCUUCUUCCUGCGCAUCGGCUCCGUCUUCCAAAUCGCUGCUCCCGACGGGGUGCCCGCCCGCUCUCCCAGCUCCUAGGAGUCGCCGCUGCACGGCCAGGCAAAGCAAUGGGAGGCGGAGGGGGGGGAUGAAACGUUGGUGAAAGCUGAUGGGAGGAUCUGAGGUGGACUUGAUAAACUUUCCUCUCCUCUUUCAGACUGGAUCAGAUUACUGUGGGGGGGAGGGGGAUGAAAAAGGACUAUGUUGUCAGUCUUGCUUCAGGAUUCUCCAUCAAAGUGUUUUCUAGCAUCUCUGUCUGUAGAGAAACCUCCACCCUUCCUGCUCUCUGGGAUGAACAGCACUGUGACCAGCACUCUCCCUGCUGGCUGUCGUCUCUCAUCGUCCCACUGACUAAACUGUAAAGAGAUAAUUUAUUGUUGCAAAUCCUCUGUUCUUUUCUUUUUUUUCUGUAUUUCUUUUUUUUUUAAUGCUCAUCAAAGAGAAUCGAAAUGAAGCGUAAAGUUGAACUGGCUGAAUCUAACGUUUUCCCAUUGUGAAAAUGGGCUUUCUGCCAACUGUGCCUGUUCGGAGAAGGAUGAUCUUAUCAGUUUGUGCUCCCUGUCAUGUCCGUGUGGUUAGGUAGCCACCCUUUCCCAUCAAUAGACUAAACCUCAUGGACCUGCUGCACGUAACGCUAUCAAAGAUCCAGCAGCUUUAUUUGGGACUUUGCUCUGUGACACAGACGUCCUGUUCCUUGUUUGAGACGUUUUAUUUAUUUUGAUUAUUUGCUUUCAUUUGUUUGUUUUUUCCCGACUAGAACUGCAGGUUCUUGUCCCGGCUUACUGAAGGGCCAGGAAGAAAACCUGAUUCUUCUGGCUUCUUGCUUAUGCCCUGCUUCUGCUGAAUCCAAAGGCUCUAAACUGGGAUGAACUGCUGUUAUAGAACCCUAAUUAGCUCCCAAAAACCUUGCAGUAAGCUAUUAAUUGGGGCCCCUUAGACAUACCUAGGAUUACAGUCCAUUUCCACACUUUUUGCACAACUGUUUUCUACAACGUUCUCCUUAAGUAGCACCACUCAAUUCAGAAUGUCCAUUAGUGUUGAUUCACUUUAACUCUACAGUUCAACAAAAGUGUUCAGAACCACUUUCCACAGAGAUCCUCAGAUCUUUUGGACUGUAUUCCACAGCUUUUCCAAGAAGGAUGUAUGUAAUUAUUUAAAGUGCAUUUAAAUAUUUUUUUUGAAAAUCAUUCCUUCCCUUGCUACUAUGGAUGUCUACUUCUCUUCCCUAAUGCCAGGGAGUAUAUAAAUAAAUAUAUAUGUAUAUUAUACAGUUAAUAAAAAAAAAGUACAGACUGUAAAGUUUUCCAUGUAAGAUACAUAGAAAUGAAAGUGCUUAUAUGGUUCUAUACAUAAUAUUGUGAUGUAAUCUUCCAAACAUUUGGUGAAGUAAUCAAUAAAUCUGAUUUCUGGUCUGUUCCAGUUA